AUGUUCUGUAGGUGCAAGUGUGGAAACUGCAGUGUCCUUUUGUUACAAAACAUCAGUGAAUGUUAUUGCUGUAGCGAACUCGAGGGCUGCCUGGAAUCGACGAAGACCGACCUCGUCCUUCUAGAUAUCGGGGUCGACGUUACCCUAAAGUGCGUUACGCAGCACCCAGGAUUCAAUCCCGUUUGUCUCCAGAAAUGGAGUCUGAGGUUGGCCGCAGGGAAAUUCAAGACGAAAGGCAAACAACAGUACAGACAGAAAGGAAGUGAGGAAAGGUUAGUUAAUGAUCGAAUUCAAGGCCAAAUCAUUAUGUAAGCUUCGGCGUAGGUUCUCAAAAACGUCUCGCCUUCUGAUCAGUGAAACAAAAAUCAUAAUAGUAAUAACUUUGUCUGGUUACCUUACGUUUCGGUGAUUGGUUAGGGAAGUUAGCGUUGAUUGCAUUUUCGGUUGUCUAAAUAUACUGCAUAUAAUUAUAUAGUAUUGCCUUUUUCCUCUGGUGACUCCCCACCCAAAACAAACGAACAUUCUCAAAGUUAUAUGCCUUUGUCCAAGUAUUUUUCAGUUAAAUCUCCUUGUGUGACUACCUCAGCUACCAUGAGCAAAAUCUGAUCACAAUACAUUGCUUUCUGCUGUCUCUUUCAGCUUCCUACGAAGUGUUUCAUAUCGUGAGUUUUCAAGACUUGUGUAUGGUAUCUUGGGAAACAGAAGGAUUCCCUUGCCCGCAUGUGCAUACACUGCCAUAAGGCAACAAUUUCCAGUCAGUAAAGAUGAACGUUUUACCGGAUUUGACCUUGAUGAGGAAGAAAACCUGGACCUUGACGAGGAAGAAACCUUGGCCAUGUAG